AUGGCGAGUUCAUUCGAGAAGUCAGUGAAGGGGGCGACCAAGAUCAAGGCCGCCCCGCCAAAAUCGAAAUACAUCGAGCAUAUCCUAAUAGCGACGCAUUCGGGAGAAGCAGGUGUGGCAGAGGUAUUCAGGGCUUUAUCAAACCGACUACGCGAUUCAACAUGGACGGUCGUAUUCAAGAGCUUGAUCACAGUGCACCUGAUGAUUAGAGAGGGAUCGCCGGAUGUGACAUUGGCAUACCUGGCAAGACACAGACAAAUGCUGGCUAUAAGCAGCUUUUCCGAUGUCCAAACCCAGGGCCGGAAUAUUCGGCAUUAUACCAAUUACCUGAGCGAAAGAGCAAGAGCAUAUCGGGAUACGAAGUGCGAUUUUGUGCGUAGUGCAGAAAGGCGACUGGAAAAGAUGAGUGUUGAUAAGGGGCUCCUCCGAGAGACAGAGGCUGUUCAACACCAAAUCACUUCUUUACUGAAAUGUGAUGUCUUGGACAAUGAGCCGGAGAACGAGAUCACAAUUACGGUCUUUAGAAUGCUGGUAUUGGAUCUUUUGGCCAUGUUCCAUGUCAUGAACCAAGCCAUGAUUAAUAUCCUCGGACACUUCUUUGAAAUGUCAAAACCUGAUGCAGAACGGGCCCUGGAAAUAUACAAAAGCUUCGCAAAACAGACAGACUUUGUGGUUCAAUAUCUCAGUGUAGCUCGACAAUAUGAACACCAAACCCGAGUCGAGGUUCCGAAGCUAAAACAUGCCCCAGUCAAUCUUGGAAAGCAGCUCGAGGACUAUCUUGUAGACCCAGAUUUUGAGAUCAACAGAAGGCAGUACUUGGCAGAGCAAGAGUCAAAGGGCCGAAAGGGUGCGAACGGGACAACUAAACCUUUUCUGACUGCGAAAACUCCAGAAUCGAAGGCAGCGACAGGGCGUGCAUUCCCAGAGGCCGCCUCCGAGGAACCAGGCGCGAAGCCCCUACCUGCAAAAGGGCCUGACCCUGAUUUGAUUGACUUCUUUGAUUCUAUAGAGCAGAAUCAACAGCCUAUGGCAACUCAGAUCGGACAACAGCAGCCUGGUCAGAUUCCUCAAUUCAACAAUGGAGCACCAUUGCAAAUGCAGCAACCGCAACAGUUCCCUCAAAAUGGCUUCGCCCAACCACAAAUGGACUUCCAAAAUACAAAUCAGUUUCCUCCACAACAGCAACCGUUCAGUACCGGAUUCGUUCCUCAGCAGCAACAACAAGUUCAGCAACCCCAACAAAUGCAGCAGCCUCCACAAUUUCAACAACCUCAAAUACAGCAGCCACAACAAAUUCAACCAAACUUCACAGGGGCAGGCUUCGGGGGCUACACUCCCCAGCCAUCUUUCCAGCCUGGGGGUCUAUCCUCAAUCCCACAAGAGUCAGCUGCAUCUUUCCAACCAGGGCAACCUCAAAAUCUAGGAGUUAUGCAAACAGGACAACAAACCACAAACCCCUUCCGCCAAUCAAUGUUAAUAUCCAACCCCACUGGUCUGCCCGGCCCCGCUUUUCCAGCCUCACCCCCCAUAACCUCCCCCCUGACCCGGCAAUCCACAAACCCUUUCGCCAAAAGCCAUACCCCGCCCGGGGGGGGCCAACAACCCUUCUCGCCGCCCCCAGAACAAUCAUUCCAGCCGCUACCUCAGCAGCAGCCAGCUGCUCCUCUUCAACCCCUCGCUACGGGUACUAACCCCUUCGCUAAGAACAUAGCCAUGAGUGGUGCGCAACGGCCCCAGACAGCCGGAGGCUUAGUGCCGCAACCUACAGGCAGCACGAACCCGUUCCGCCAGAGUCAGUUUGUCAAUACGGCGACGGGCACGGGGUGGCAGCAUGGGCAGCAGCCUAUAGGUGGGGGUUUGGAUACAAUAGAUACUGUGCCUGUGUUUCCUCGACCGGCACAGCAGCAGGCUUGGCAGUAA